GAAGAUAUGCAGAAAGCAAAAACAACACAUGAAGAGCAUUUGAGCGAAGCAAUCAAAGAUAAUCAAUAUAAAGACUGUCAGAUUUCUGAACUAAUGACAAGAAUCCAAUCAUUAGAAGAAAAGAUAGCAAUGCUGAAAAUCAAAGAAGAAGAGAUGAAAGAAGCCAAAACAAGACAUGCAGAAUAUUUGAGUAAAGAGAUGAGCGAUAAAGACAGUCAUAUUGCCACACUAAUAAAAAGAAUCUUGUCAUUACAAGAAAUGCUUGAAAAACAGAUAGAAGAGGCAACAGAGAAGUUGGAAGAGGAACGAAAAAUAUGCAGACAGCAAAUAGAAGAAGUAAGAAGAGCCUGUGCUCAAAGAAUCAAUGAAGCACAACGCGAAAUGCAACAACAACAACAACAACAGAUUGCUAGACAAACGUGUGUUACUGACAUGCAACGGGCUGAAGUCACAGACUUAAUCAAAGAUGUGAUGAAGCAGGCCCUUAAGGAAAGCCAAGAAAUGCAAGUAUUAAGGCAACGGGUGGAGGAUAUGGGUGAAAAAAUGGAGGAUAUGGAUGAAAAAAUGGAGGAAAAGAUGGAGGGCAUGGCCUUGACUCUAGAAAAAGUUGGAGAAAAAUUAGCUGAUUUAAGCAAGGAAAAAGAGCCCAGUGCCCCAGAAAUAACAGGAAAAGCAGAGGUAGUUGCAGAUACUGAAAUCUCUCCUUAUAACAUUGCUACUCUAUCAAAACCAUCGAGCGACACUAAUGUGGAACCAUACUUAAACCGACCACUUGAAGAAACAGAUGUGGAAAAGACAAACGACAAAGAUGACAAAAAGCCAUGAAAUGAAGAACUACAUGUGACACA